GCAAAGCGCGCUAGUCUAAUGGCUAAACGACAAGCUUAUGAAUCUGGAUGCUCAAUCACGGCUAGUCGUGCUCGAGGGCAAUCAAAUUUGAAUGAGCAACCUAUGUCUACACGAUAUUAAUUCGAUUCAUUCUAUGUAAGUAAUAGACAAACGAACUAUCCUGCCUCUACUCCAUUUCGUCUACGUUAUUUCACUACUUCAUUUCCCUGCUCUUCGACAGUCAGCUGCUCCACGUCCUACUCUGAAAGACUGGAGCGUGAAUCUCUCUACCGAUCCGAUUUACCGCGUUUGUCGCGAAUUAGCCACCAAUUGGUCUCGUCGCAUCAGUUAUCGGCAACCAGGACCGACACAAUUCUUAAGGCUUACCCUAAAAAAGCUUUGUCCAUGUUCAGGGAAGUCAUCCGGCUAGGCGACGAGACGUUUUGUUUCAUGCUAGGGAAACUGUAGAUGAUCUCUUCAGGAUCCAUGGUCUAAAGGUCCAAUCUCAGAGCAGUCAUCCUAGGCGAGACGUAUUCAUAGAGAAAAAGGUCUCAGGAAGGUCUUCCAAAUGGAUACUACUUAGGGUGAGGAGCUCUAAAGUUCAACAUCAAGGGCGACGGCUUGUUCCGCACGAGCUUCGUCUAUUCCACAGCUUUGGACUACUCGUAUACCAUCUUGGCGGAGUACCUGUCCUUAGACAAGUUGCGGGAAGCUACAGUAUUGCACAAUAAUUCGACGGUGCUAGCUGGACCACCUUUGAGGAAUCCGGAAACUGUGGUGCAACAAGCUUUUCCUUAGGACUACCGCUGAACCAUCUUCAUCAGCGCCACCCCUGGCUCUUUUUCACUUCUCCAUAAGUGAAAUACCUAGUUGCUUGUCUUUGUGAGCUUUGUUAGAAUUAGAAUCAUCCAACGCGGUGGCAGCUAUGCUCUCUUCAAGGAAGAUAGAUGCCAACGCGGUGGCUCUAAUUUCCUUCUGAAAUACAGCUUCAUGGACUGUCAAAAGAAACAAGUACGACAAGACGGAGCACUGCUGGGGUAGCACAACAAAAGGCAUUACAAG